AUGGACUCAUAAAAUGUAAGUGAUAUUUAUCUUUUCCCAUAUUACUAUAUAUUACGAAUAUUAUAAUUUUUUUUAUAUUACACAUAUAAGGUUAUUACAAUUGAAGAGGCCAAUCGGUUAGUUGGAUCCUUAAAAUCUUCAUAUACAGGACUCGUGCUGAAAGGGUAUUACUUACCAAAAUUAAAAUCUGCCUGCAUUACAAGCGAGUAUUCAUUAGGAGUUGCUUUAAUGAGAGUCUUUAUAUGUCAAGCCAAAGAUAUCAAAAUAGCAUACCUAAUUAAACAAGCCAAAAAAAUAGAUUUAUAUAGAGAGCUUCAUUAAUUAGUUGGUUAAGAAAUAGACUUAGAUUUUACAUCAAAAAUGCUACCAGACAGAGAAUGGUUGAUUAAUGUUCUCUAUUUUGUUUUCCCAAAUCAUUCGUAUUUCAAAUAACUCACCACAAAUCAGUUAAAAGGACUAACUUUAUAAGAUAUAUAUGGUAUAUGAAUAUUUAUAUAUUUAAAGAAAACUUAAAGGGUUAAAUACAUAAAUUUUUAGAUCAAAAAGACGCAUAGAAAAUGAAUAAAGUAAAAUAAAAGAUCAAAUUAAAAAAAUACAUACAUAAAUAAGUGAAGAAACCAAAAAGCAGACAGAUUUAUAAGGAAAGCUCUAAUAAUUAAAAACAUCUUUGAA